CAUAUAUAAGGGGCCAUGGCACAAGGAGACUUCAAACUCAAGCCCCUCACUCUCCUGGAAACCAUCCCAGAACCUCCACCCUCUGACACCAUGGUCAACUCCUGUUGUGGCUCCAGCUGCUGUGGCUCCAGCUGCUGCCAGCCUUGCUGCCACCCCACCUGCUGCCAGACCACCUGCUGCAGGACCACCUGCUGCCGGCCCACCUGCUGUGUGUCCAGCUGCUGCCGCCCCUCCUGCUGUGGCUCCAGCUGCUGUGGCUCUAAUUGCUGUGGCUCCAGCUGCUGCCAGCCUUGCUGCCGCCCCACCUGCUGCCAGACCACCUGCUGCAGGACCACUUGCUGCCGCCCCAGCUGCUGUGUGUCCAGCUGCUGCCGCCCCAGCUGCUGUGGCUCCAGCUGCUGUGGCUCCAGCUGCUGCCGCCCCUCCUGCUGCAUUUCUAGCUGCUGCCGCCCCAGCUGCUGUGGCUCCAGCUGCUGUGGCUCCAGCUGCUGCCGCCCCUCCUGCUGCAUUUCUAGCUGCUGCCGCCCCUCUUGCUGUGGUUCCAACUGCUGUGGCUCCAGCUGCUGUGGCUCCAGCUGCUGCCGCCCCUCCUGCUGCCCCUCCUGCUGCCUGCGCCCAGUCUGUGGCCGGGUCUCCUGCCACACCACUUGCUAUCGCCCCACCUGUGUCAUCUCCACCUGCCCCCGCCCCAUGUGCUGUGCCUCCUCUUGCUGCUGAAUCUCUCUGCCUAUAAUCUUUGUGACAUAGGGAUGUCUCCACAAGUCACAUAAAAAUGUGUUAGAGCCAGCCAGUGACUGGGGGAUGGACUCUCAGCUUCCAACUCUUCAUUUUCUGAUUUGGCAUUUAGAGUUGGCAUUCAGUUCUAGGAAAUAAUAGAUUAAAACAAUUGUCAAAUGAUUUUUAUCUGAUACAUCCAUUUUUAGGCCAGUAGUAUCUUCAUCCUACGUAUACACUGAUUGUGAUGAUCUUACAUGGCAUUGUUUUCAUGUGUUCUUAAUAAACAGCCAUUUCCCCAAUACUAAAA